CCUAUACUUCUCUUAAGCUGUUGUCGUACGCUCUUUUUAUCAGCUGCCAUCCACUUGGCUGCCGUCGCCACCGCCGCCGCCGCCAACAUAUCGAUCAGCGUCUUGUUUCUUUUUUCGCGGGGGGUUUUCAUCAACUGAUUUUGAAUUGACCGCCACCGUCGAAAUACCUUUUUUCAAUUGCCAAGUACAAUUUAGGAAUUUCUUUUCUAUUCUUUUUUCAUUUAUUGAAUAGCAACAGAAUUAAAAAGGCAAUGUAUCAACGGAAUUUUAAAGAAUGGUCAUUUUUGAAGCGCUUCAAUUUCAAUUUUUUUCCGCAAUCAAUAUUCCACUCUUUGUUGGCAAUAACAAAAAUCUGUUUUUCAUUAAAUUGAGAAAAACGAAAAAUUAGUUUAAAAGCUAUUAAAACAAUACCUGUCAACUAUGACUUGGUUGAUUAUUCGACCAUUAAAUCAUUUUUCAAAAAUAUCACACCAAAAGAUUUCUGCCAGAAAAUCGAGACGUAAAUAGAACGCGUACAGCAAAUUUUUAUUGACGUGACGUUAAAUUUUGAUUUAAUUGUUAAUGCACUGCCGAAUUCCGUUAUUAUUACGACGUGGUAUGGAAAAAGAAACCAUCAAUUUAGAAAGGUGAUCUGCUGUUAUUUGAGGAGUUGCCACUUUUGGAAAGGGUCGCAUGGGUAUUCUAUGGAAAUCAUGAUAUCAUCAUGCACGCUUGCAAAUUUGCAAUGCAACUAUUUCUAGUUCUCUGAUACACAUUCCCCCCCCCCCACAUAGCCCAUGCUAAUACUUUUCCCAAUAGAGACGGCAUUGAAUUGGUUGAGCCAAUUACAGAGCAACACGUCGAUAAAGAACUGUGCUACCUGAUCUUUUGACUCCACCCAGCACAAUCGCCUCGAUUGGGCUACAACUCACAUUUUUUUUAGUGAAUAGUAUUCUGGUGGCUUCGGUCUUGAAAGAACGUUAGGCCUUACUACAUUACCGGUAUUCUUGGCAUUAGUACAACUGCUGUCGGCCAGCUUUUCAUCUCCAGUUGACCUCGGCGCUUAAAAUGAAGCUUUCGAAAAGAAAAGAAAUUGGUUGAAUGGCACUUGAAAAACAUAGACAAUCAUCAACGAGAACAUAAAUGUUAUGUUGGGAGUAGAAAAGAGAAUCGAUCCCGUUCGAGGACGUCUUCCUAACUGGAAUGUGUUAAAAAAGGGGAACAGCCUAGGUCAAGAAGCAAUAUUCUACACAGGCACUCACAGUGUCUUUUAUCGUCCUCUGCCAACCGUUCCGCCUCCGUGUGAUUUGCGAAAAUUCGUCGGGUGGCCGACCGACAAUCAAUCAAAGACAAUAAAGAAGACAGUCAGCACCUGUGCGUGCUUGUGUAGAAUAUUGCUUCUUGACUUUGGCUUUUUCCCUUUUUUUACACAUUCCAGUUAGGAAGACGUCCUCGAACGGGAUCGAUUCUCUUUUCUACUCCCAACAUAACAUUUAUGUUUUCGUUGAUGAUUCUAUGUAUUUUUCAAGUGCCUUUCGACGAUUUUCUUUUCUUUUCGAAAGCUUCAUUUUACGCGCUCUUGUUCCCCCCCCCCCCCCCAUUUCUCUAUGAAGAGCACUUUGCUAUUUCAACAUCAGUAUUUUUGGCCGGUCAUCGAUAAUUCCAAGGAGAUGAUUUUUUGUUUCACUGUGUUCAUCGGAUUUGUUUUUUCUCUUUUGGGAGAUCAUGUGGAGAUGACAUAUACAGAUUUGAAAUUAUUUGAUUCCUUUUUAUUCUUGGUGAAACAAACGCAAUUGAAUGUAGAUACGGUGGCUCCAUUCAUUCAUUGAAUGGAUGACAUCACCACAGGAUUCCACUUGCAUAUUGACAAUAACAAAAAUCUGUUUUUCAUUUAAUUGAGAAAAACGAAUAGGUAAUUAAUUAAAAAGCUAUUAAAUACCCGCCAACUAUGACUUGGUUGAUUACUCGACCAAUAAAUUAUUUUUCAAAAAUUUCACGCAUAAUGAUUUCUGCAAAAAAUUCGAAACGUAAAUAGAACGCGUAUUACAGCAAAUUUUUAUUGACGUUAAAUUUUGAUUUAUUGUAAUACUCAACAUGUAUUCAGAAAAAGUAAAGUGCUGAAUACUGUUGUUAUUAUACGACGCGGUCUGAAAAAGAAACCAACAAUUUAGAAAGGUGAUCUGCUGUUAUUUGAGCAGUUGCCAAUUCUGGAAAAGGUCGUAUGAGUAUUGUGUGGAAAUCAUGAUAUCAUCAUGCAAGCUUGCAAAACACAUCCCCCACAUAGCCCAUGCUAAUACUUUUCCCAAUAGAGACGGCAUUGAAUUGGUUGAGCCAAUUACAGAGCAACACGUUGAUAAAGAACUAUAGGCUACCUGAUCUUUUGACUCCACCCCACACCUGUGCAAUGACGCAAUCUGUACAUGAAUCGAAUCGAAUUGGGCUACAACUCACAUUAUUAUUUUAGUUAAAAGUAUUGUGAUGGCAUCGUUCUUGAAAGGUAAGAAAAGAAUCCCAAUGCUAAUAAAAUAUACUGUUUUCGUUUUUUGGGGGGUUUACAAAUACUGUUAAAAAGGUUUCUCCAUUGCCAAACAAUCGCCUGUUAUGCGUAAUAGAAUUCCACCUUAAUAUAGUUUUGUUUUUCAAAUAACAUUCCAGAACGUUUUAUUGAUAGAAGAAACAUGAUUGGUAAAUUCAUUUUUGUAUCGUUAUGCCUAACUGUAUUCGUACAACUGCUGUUGGCCAGCGGUUCAUCUACAUGCAAAGAACAAAUUCCUGCUGUCGGACAAAAGUUGUUUGGGCUCGGGUGUCAUAAUGAGAAAAAACGAAUCGAUCAACUUGUUGGAACUAUCGAUGCCUUAAAAAAGGUCCCGGCCAAAGACACUAUUGCUGAUGUGGAAAAUUCUCUUCGUAGAGAAAGAGCAAAUAAUCAAGAGCUUCAAGUUUUGGUACAGAAAUUAAUUAAAAAAUUAGAAUUGUGCGACGACAAACGUAAAAUGUUUAAUAACUACGUGCUAGAGUCUUUUUUACGCAAUUCGCCUUUUUCUGGAGUAGACAAUUACACUCGGUACACAGUGGCUCGAUUGGGGAUGUUGCCAAUCAAAAAUGCGAAACCUUUGAUACCCAAAUUCGGAACAGUCAUCAACGACGUUCUUUCUUUUCGAUAUCCCAUCAACAUUCCGUCGUGUCCAGCAGCAGAAAUAACAAAUAACACUUGGUCGAACCCAAGUGUUUUCAUAGCGAUUAUAUCGGCUCCGGAACAUUUCAAAGAGCGAAAUAACAUCAGAGAAACUUGGCUGAUACACCUCAAAAGUGCCCUGGAAAAAAAUCUGCUGGGCAUUAGCACCCGAUUCGGUUUCUUUCUCGGUCAGACUCGAAACGAUUCGAUUCAAAAGCGAAUCGAAGAAGAGAAUCAGAAACACGGGGACAUCGUCCAAAUCGAAAUGGACGAUUCGUACCACAAUUUGACGCUGAAAGGCAUCGCCAUGCUCAACUGGGUGCGGCAACAAUGCGCCAGCAAGGUCGACCUCGUUUUCAAAGUGGACGACGACGUCUACGUAAACGUGCACAAUCUCGUUCAUUUCGUCCGGUCCAACUAUCAAUCGAACAACAGUUUGUUUGGCUACGGCAAUUUCGGCUUCUACCCAAUCAGGAUGGAGCUGGGAUACGCGAAAGACUACGCCAAAUGGGACAUGACUUUCAAAGAGUAUCCGUGGAGUCAUUAUCCCAAUUACGUCAACGGUCCGGCCUAUUUCAUGCACUCAAGCGUCGUUAUUCCGUUAUUGGCUGCCAGUCAGACCACUCCUUUGAUCCCGUUCGAGGACGUUUUCCUGACCGGAAUGUGCACGGAAAAAGCCGGUGUCAAGAUGCGAUAUUCCGCAGGCACUCACAGUGUCUUUUAUCGUCCUCUGCCAACCGCUCCGCCGCCGUGUGAUUUGCGAAAAUUCGUCGGGUGGCCGACCGACAAUCAAUUCGUCACCCACUCGGCCGUCGACGAUUUUUAUCGGAACAAGACCCAGUGCGUCGUCACCGAAUCGGAUGGAACCAAAAAGACAAUCGACUUCACCGCCCCCGUUGUCUUCAAGUUCACUUAGUCUGUUAGACAAGACAAUGAAGACAAGAUUAAAUCCCUUUUGGAAAUAACGCUGAAAAAUCGACAUACAUUGGCCUAAUAUAUUAGCAACAACAAUUCGGCGCUUGAUUUAAACUAACAUUAUUAAUCAUUUGUCAUGUACAAGAGAACACUAAUAGUAAAAUAGACUUGCUUUAUCCGGUA